AUGUCAGAUGAUGAGAUUAAGCAGUUGUGCUUAGUGGAUAUAGACAAGAUCUUACAUUCCUAUGGUAAAACCUUGAAAGACUAUCCUCCUAUGCCUUUAGCAACUGAAGUUGAUAGUUCUUUGUUAAGCGAAAGGGUUAUUAGGGAAGAGCUAAACUUUAACAGGGAUGAUUUAAAGAAAAAUGCCUCAGACAUGUUAGCUAACGCAACACCUGAGCAGAGAUAUGCAUUCGAUAAAAUUGUUACAGCUGUGUAUUGUGAGGAAGGGGGUUUUUUCUUUGGUCAUGGAGGUACUGAAAAAACAUUUCUUUUGAACCUUAUGUCUGUUGAGAUUCGCUCAAGGGGUGAUAUAGUGUUAAACGUUGCUUCGAGUAGUAUUGCAUCUUUACUUCUUCCCAAUGGAAGAACGGCAUAUUCAAGGUUCAAAAUACCGCUGAAUAUAACUGAGAAUUCUGUAUGUAACAUCAAACAUGGUUCCCCUCAAGCAAUGUUACUGUUGAAAGCCAAACUUAUAAUUUGGGAUGAGGCUCCAAUGGUUAGUAGGUACUAUUAUGAAGCACUUGAUAAAUGCUUGGGUGAUAUAAUGAGGUGUUCUCCAACAUAUAGCAAAGAUUUGCCCUUUGGAGGAAAAGUGAUUGUACUAGGUGGAAACUUUAGACAAAUUCUUCCUGUCAUUUCACGAGGAUCGAGACAAGAUAUCGUUCAUUCAACCAUGAAUUCGUCUUACCUUUGGAAGUUUUGUCAGGUGCUCAAACUAACAAAAAACAUGAGACUCUCUAUAGGGACGACUGCUUCAGAUCAAGAUGAGACAGAGCAAUUUGGAGAUAUUGUUAUUCCUUCUUCGGACCAAGCAUUUGAUGAGUUGGUUCGUUUUUCUUAUCCAAAUAUUUUAGAAAACAUGUCCUCAAAUGAUUUUUUCAAAGCAAGAACUAUACUGGCUCUCACGCUAGACAUCGUUGAAGAGAUCAACAACCAUCUGAUGGCUAUCAUUCCUGGAGGGAAAAAAUUAUAUCUUAGUUCAGAUUCCAUUCGUAUGGAUGAAGGAAAUAUGGAGAGUCAACUAGAUCUCUAUGGUCCUGAAUUACUAAAUAGCAUAAAUUGCACUGGUUUGCCUCCACGUAAAUUUAUACUCAAGGUUGGUGUUCCGGUGAUGUUACUGAGAAAUAUUGACCAAUCCAGUGGUCUUUAUAAUGGUACAAGGCUACAAGUUAGGAAGUUUAGAAAUCAUGUCAUAGAAUGUGAAGUCUUAACGGGUAAAGAUGUUGGUCAUAUUGCUUUGAUUCCAAGAAUGAAUAUGGUACCAACAAAUGAAACCGUCAUAGUUAGAUUCCAACGAAGACAGUUUCCCAUAAUAGUAUCGUUUUCCAUGACAAUUAAUAAGUCUCAAGGACAAAUUCUAUCUCAUGUUAGAUUGUACUUGGCCAAACCAGUUUUUAUACAUGGCCAACUAUAUGUGGCACUUUUAAGAGUUAAGAGUAAGAGAGGUUUAAAAAUUUUACUUAUGAAUCACGUAAAAAUGUCUGCAAAUUUAACCAUCAAUGUUGUUUAUAGAGAAGUCUAUGAAAAAAUAGUAUUCUAA